AUGGGUGGCCUCAAGCUCCGGCGGCUCGCAUCCACCUUCCUCUCCCCGUCCCCGGGUCCCGCAUCCCCGGGCUCUGCAGCCGACGCGCACCACGCGGUGUCGCGCGCGACGGCGCACCACCCUUCCACGGCCCCGCCGUCGGCGCACCACAUGGACGCGCUCCUCGCCUUCGGCCGGGGCUCGCGCCUCUCCGCCGCGUCGCUCGCUGCGGCGCUCGUCGACCGCCUGCGCGCCGCGGCUUCGGGGCAUGGCGACGCCGCCGUGGCCCUCAAGUGCCUCGUCGCGCUCAGGGUCCUCCUCGCGCGGGGCGCGUUCAUCCUCCGCGACCAGCUCCUCGCCGCGCUCGUCCGGCACCCGGCCUCCGGGCGCAACCCGCUGGCGCUGUCCUCGUUCCCGCUCGGCCGCUCCUCCUUCGCCGCCGCGUCGUGGGUCCGGUUCUUCGCGCGGCUCCUCGAGCUCCUCCUCCUGCUCCCUGACGCCUCCGCCUCCGCCGACGACGCCGAGUACCUCACCGCGCUCCCCAACCCGCACCUCAUCGCCGAGCUCGCCGCGUUCGUGUCCGUCGCGGACGCCGUCCGCCAAGCCCCGCCGCCUCCGUCCUCCGCGGGCCCACAGCCCAACGCACUCAUCUGGGAGGCCGUCCGGCUCGCCGACGAGGACCACGUCGCGGCGGAGCGGAACAUCGCCGCGCGCGUCCAGGAGAUGGGAGAGCGCCUCGACACGCUCUCCCUGGCCGACGCCGUGGAGCUAGUGUGCGUGCUGCGGCGGAUGGAGGAGGGUGCCGCGUCGGCGCCGGCCCCGGAGUGGAGGAAGUGGGCGGGGCUGGACGAGGGCGUCGUGUGCGCCGCCCGGAGCCUCCGCGAGCGCGCGGAGGAUGUGGUGCUGCGGAGGACGGUGGAGGAGAGGCGCCUAGUGCGGAGGGACGCAGGGGGCAGCGCGUCCGCGCGCGUCCACCUGCCGAUCCGCGCCGCCGCUGGCGACGGCGCCUUCCGCCGGUUCGGGUCCACGAGGUGGGCUGGCACAGUUUCUGCGUUGCGUAGACCGUAG